AUGGCGUCACAAGAAAGAGCUACACGACGUUUUAUGAACAUAACCAAUGAAGUGCCAAUCAGCGUGUACGCACCAACAGACACAAGACAAACAAAAUUCGCAAAUGAGGAAUUGAAACGUCACAAUUUCUAUUGCUCGGCUGGAGCUAACUUCCCAGCAAUCGUUGGCAAAGAAAGUAUUAUGGAAGAUCUGAAAGAGUGCAAUUUUAAGAUGAAAGAGGCGCUAAAAACGUCUGAUUGCUGCGUGCAAGUACUUUUGUCAUGUAAACAAGUUGAUGAAGAAACACUUGAAUUUACACCAACAAAAGGAGCACCAAGUUUGUCAAAAAAUGCGAGUCAUUGCUUGCUCAAAUAUUGGGUAUUACGAAAACAUGAACGACCCGUAUUUGGCUGUUAG